AUGUCAGUUAUCGUGACUACUAAAAUUCCUCAGAAUGCAGUGUUUUUCGCAGGUGAAAGAUUUCGUUGUGAGAUCACAUUCACAUGUCCUUACAGUUAUUCAGGAAGAGUUACAACAGAAGAUAAAACUCAUGCAGGAAAUAACGUUAAUUCACAAAUUUCCACCAAUCAUCCUUUCGCCAACCUCCCAACCUCCACCACCAAUUCUACCACUACUAAUGCGACUAUUGCUAAAACUUCAAAUACAAUAAAAUCUGAGACAAAAACAGUGAACAGCGAAGAAAAUUCCAACUCUGACACAAAUGAAAAUAACGACAAGGUCGCCACACCCUUGACGGAAUCAUUUCAUUUUGCAGAUGCAGAAAUAGAUGAAGAAGGUGGAUUGAUUAAUUUGCAUAAAGCGGACAUUAGUGAUACCAUUUCCAUUAGUGAUUAUGACACAACUGAAUCAACGCCAAGAAGCUCAGUUGAUUUUUACGGUAUUGGCUAUUCAGAUAGAGGUAGUGGUACUUGGAAUGGAUCACUAAUAGAUUAUAAAAAAUACAAUAUCAGCAGACAUUCCUCGAAUGGAUUUAGAUGCAGUUCAUCACCUUCCUUAACUCAAAAAUAUGAAACGUUACUGUGGGGUUUUGCUCAGAUUGUAGGACAAUUUACUGUAGAUGCUUCAUUGAUUAAAUCUAUCGAGUUUGAACCAUUGAAAACAAAAACAAUGUAUCGACCAGCUAGUGGAAAUGGAGCAGGUGGAGCAGUUGGUGGUGGAACAUUGGGAAUAUUUUCACCAAACUCGAUGAAUCAAUCGAGUUUGGCUGAUCUUCAAGAAAGAGCUGAUAGCAAAUCUAUUCCUGUAUUUUCAACACCACCUUCAAUACUAUUCUACACAUAUGAAUCAAGGCUACCAAAUGAUCUACCUCCUACACAUCGAGGCAAAGCAAUAAAAUUCUAUUAUAAUUUAAUAAUUGGAACUCAUCGGGGAUUAAUGAAUCAUCAAUCACACAUAGUGCAGCUACCGUUUAGAGUAUUUAAUUAUGUGUCUGAGGAUGGUUCGAGGCCUGUUUAUGAUCUGAUGAACCCUGUAGUUAUAUACAAAGAUGAAGCAGUGAUAACAUUUAAGGAGGAUAUGCCAAAGCCAAAAUUAGUUAAAAAAAGAGUUGCACAAUUAUGCCUUUUGAAAACAUCUUAUCGAUUAGGUGAUAUUGUCACUGGAAUUGUAAAUUUCAAUGGCGCUGUUAUACCAAGUUUUCAGGUAUCAAUUACUCUGGAAAAUAGUGAAAUAGUGGAAUCAUCUAUUGCUAAACGUCCACAAAAUCAGAUUUCACGUCAAACGCGUAAAGUACAUGGAGAACAUCAUGAGUUUUGUCUUAAUUCAGAGAGGAUCAGCUUUUCCAUUUCCAUCCCAACGCAUGCCACCCCCGAUUUUUCUACAACAGGAGUGAAACUUCAAUGGGGUAUAAGACUAGAAUUCAUUACUGGUCCGAAAGGUCAUGUUCCAUUGGUAACUUUAACUGCCGAUGAACGGCAUCAUUAUUAUCAAGCUGUUGAGGAUGUUAGGGUGGAAACCUUUGAUUGUUUUAUUCCAAUAAAAGUAUAUCCAACAUCUUAUGAAUCUGCACGGACGUUUCCUUCUCAUCACACAUUUCGCGUAACAUAG